AUGAACGAACCCACUCCCUCACCCAGCCCGGCUACUGCACCAAAAGCCUCACCCCCUCCAAAACAGCCUCCCACGCCCACCGCCGGCACCAAACGCAAACGCAGCGCCCCUAGCAAAUACUAUGCAGUCAAGGCGGGGUUCAAUCCAGGCAUUUACUUUGGAUGGCAAGACUGCCUGGCUCAGAUCACGGGGUACAAGGGCGCAAUUUGUGAGUUCUACGGGAUACAACGAGGUCGAGUGCCAGGGGUGUACACGGAUUGGGCAACAGCACAAGAGCAGAUUCGCGGGUUUACACGGCCACGGUAUCGGAAGUUUCCCACUCGGGAAGAGGCAGAGGAGUUCGUGAAGGAAGGACAAGCUCAACGGCAUGCCCCUGUUGGAUUUGGCGAACCUUCGAAACUUCCUGGAGACGGCGUCUCAGAAGGCGGUUACAAAGACACAAUCCGCAGGGAUCCCAAGCAUGUUACGGAUAUACACAGACGGGAGCUCGUUGCGAAAUGGGACUCCACUGGCGUCGGCAGGGGUGGGCGUAUAUUUUGGGCCCGGAGACUCAAGGUUUGUCUUACUUUUCCUGAGAUGCUCCAUCUUUUUCUUCCGACUCACAUCAAUCAUCCUAGCAGAAACGUUUCGGAGCCAUUGAAGGGCAGUCGCCAGACGAACCAGCGUGCGGAGUUGACGGCGAUUCUGCGGGCGAUUGAUAUUGCACCCCGCCAUCGCGAUGUCACCAUCAUCACGGACAGCCGGUAUGCAAUUGACUGCGUGACUGUGUGGUUCAUCAACUGGCGCCGCAACAAUUGGAUGACCAAGGAUCGUAAGCCGGUAGAAAACAAGGACCUGGUCGAGUCAAUCCUGGUCAAGAUCGAGGAGCGCACCGAACUGAAGGUCAAGACGCUGUUUGAAUGGGUCAAAGGCCAUAACAAGCACCCAGGCAACGAGGCAGCCGAUCAGCUGGCCGUUCAAGGAGCCCAAGAGGGCGUGUUUGCCAAGGUGGAGGCGCGAGACGCUAGCCAUGAUAUCCCGGCCGAGGUGUUAGAGGAGGACUUUUAG